GAUUGGCGAAUUUUUUUUUUUUUUUUUUGAGGAGAGUUUUUAAAAUCUAAUGGGAUCUCAGGAGGGGGAGAGAUUGCUAUUGGAAGAUGGCCUUUUAGAGAAUGAAAGAAAAGGACCUUACACAGGAGAUGGAUCAGUUGAUCUCCAUGGAAAUCCGAUUCUGAAGGAAAGGACGGGAAAUUGGAGAGCUUGCCCUUUCAUUUUAGGGACUGAAUGCUGUGAACGUUUGGCAUACUAUGGAAUAGCAACAAAUCUUGUUUCUUAUCUCACAAAAAAGCUACACCAAGGAAAUGUUACUGCUGCAAGAAAUGUCACAACUUGGCAAGGUACCUGUUAUCUCACCCCUCUGAUAGGAGCUGUUUUAGCUGAUGCAUAUUGGGGGAGAUACUGGACGAUUGCAGUGUUCUCAUCAAUAUAUGUACUUGGAAUGGGUACUUUAACUCUGUCAGCCUCAGUUCCAGCAUUCAAGCCCCCUGCCUGUGUACAAUCUAUAUGUCCAGAAGCAAGUGCAGCUCAAUAUUCCAUAUUCUUUUUUGGUCUGUAUCUAAUUGCGUUAGGGACUGGUGGCAUCAAACCCUGCGUCUCAUCCUUUGGAGCUGAUCAGUUUGAUGACACGGAUCCAGCAGAGAGAGUGAAGAAAGGCUCUUUUUUUAAUUGGUUCUAUUUCUCCAUCAACAUCGGGGCUCUCAUUUCAAGCAGCUUUCUUGUGUGGGUACAAGACAAUUGGGGUUGGGGCUUGGGGUUUGGUAUUCCCACUUUGUUCAUGGGUUUGGCUAUAGGCAGUUUUUUCUUGGGCACCUCACUUUAUAGAUUUCAGAGACCUGGAGGAAGUCCGCUUACCAGAAUUUGCCAGGUGGUGGUUGCCUCUGUCCGGAAAUGGAGAGUAGAUGUCCCUCAUGAUAGCUCUCUUUUGUAUGAACUGCCUGAAAAAUUCUCAGCGAUUGAAGGGAGUCGAAAGAUUGAGCACAGUGAUGAGCUCAUAUUUCUCGACAAGGCAGCCACCGUCUCACCUGAUAAUUCAAAGACUGAGAGCUCCUCCAACCCCUGGCAACUCUGCACGGUGACCCAGGUUGAAGAACUGAAGAUCCUAGUGCGAAUGUUCCCCAUCUGGGCCACUGGAAUUGUCUUCUCUGCAGUUUAUAGCCAAAUUUCCACCAUGUUCGUUGAACAAGGCAUGGUUCUUGAUACAACCAUCGGCUCCUUCACCAUCCCCCCUGCCUCUCUUUCAGCCUUCGAUGUUAUCAGUGUAAUCAUUUGGGUCCCAUUCUAUGACAGGAUCCUUGUGCCCAUAGCCAGAAAAUGCACAGGCAAAGAGAGAGGGUUCUCAGAGCUCCAAAGAAUGGGUAUUGGCCUUUUCAUAUCAAUACUAGCCAUGGGAGCGGCAGCUUUAGUAGAGAUCAGGAGGUUGCAGAUUGCAAAGGCCGAGGGUUUAACAUACGAAAAGGCUGUGGUGCCAAUGACUAUCCUUUGGCAGAUACCUCAGUAUUUCCUUGUGGGUGCUGCUGAGAUCUUCACAUUUGUCGGGCAGCUAGAAUUUUUCUAUGAUCAGAGUCCUGAUGCUAUGCGAAGCCUCUGCAGUGCUCUCUCGCUUCUGACAACUGCGCUUGGUAACUAUUUAAGCUCAUUUAUCUUGACUAUGGUGACUUUGAUAACUACUCGGGGAGGGAAGGCUGGAUGGAUUCCUGAUAAUUUGAAUGAAGGCCAUUUGGAUUACUUCUUCUGGUUACUGGCUGGCCUCAGUUUGCUGAACCUUUUGGUUUACAUGACCUGUGCAAUGAGGUAUAGAAGCAAGAGGGCUACUUGAAUAAGACCCAGAUAGUGGAAUGGAUGUAAAUAUUUGUGACAAUUGAACUACUCUAUUGCAAUGCUACGAGUUAAUGGUCUCUUUUCUGUAGUUAAAUGUUAUUGUUAUAAUUUCAGAAAUGUUUGUAUAAUAAGCAAAUGCUUACACUCAAAAAUGUCUUCGUUCGCUGCAUCUCUUAUGCUGUCAUUUUAUUCUUCUGAUAAUUGGAAAGUUGUUGAAUUUGUUGCUGGGAAA